CCGGGGAUGUCACACCACUGCUAUUUUCUCCCCUCGGUUCCUCUCACUCUCAGCACACAGCUCCAGCGGACUGACACGGGGCUUUGGACAGAAACACAAGACACAAUAAGAUUCACAUCCAGAAGCCAGAGAUGGCAGAGCUCGGAGCGGGAAGCCUGUCAUUAGGAGAUCCUGCUUUUAAUUACCAGGAACACGAGCUGAACGAGAGGCUGAAACGUCUGUACCCGGCUGUGAACGAGGAAGAGACCCCGUUACCCCGAUCCUGGAGCCCCAAGGAUAAAUACAGCUACAUCGGACUGUCACAGAACAACCUGCGGGUCCAUUACAAAGGCCAUGGAAAGAACCACAAAGAUGCAGCAUCAGUGCGAGCCACACACCCAAUCCCCGCUGCCUGUGGGAUCUACUACUUUGAAGUCAAGAUUGUCAGCAAAGGCCGGGAUGGGUACAUGGGCAUCGGCCUGUCGGCCCAGGGAGUCAACAUGAACAGACUGCCUGGAUGGGACAAGCACUCAUACGGUUACCACGGAGAUGACGGCCACUCCUUCUGCUCCUCUGGGACCGGCCAACCGUACGGCCCAACAUUCACCACGGGGGAUGUCAUUGGCUGCUGCGUUAACCUCAUCAACAACACUUGCUUUUACACCAAAAAUGGAAUCAGUUUGGGUGUUGCUUUCACAGACCUCCCUCCCAAUCUGUAUCCCACAGUGGGGUUACAAACCCCGGGUGAGAUCGUGGAUGCUAACUUUGGUCAGCAGCCGUUUGUGUUUGACAUCGAGGACUAUAUGAGUGAAUGGAGGGCCAAGAUCCACGGCAUGAUUGCUCGCUAUCCUAUAGGAGAGAGGCUGGGGGAGUGGCAGGCCGUCCUGCAGAAUAUGGUGUCCAGCUACUUGGUGCAUCAUGGGUACUGUGCCACUGCAACAGCAUUUGCCAGAGCCACGGAGACGAUGAUACAAGAGGACCAGACAUCUAUAAAGAACAGACAAAGAAUACAGAAGCUGGUGCUGGCAGGACGGGUGGGUGAAGCCAUAGAAGCUACUCAGCAGCUUUAUCCCGGCCUGUUAGAGCACAACCCCAACCUACUGUUCAUGUUGAAGUGUCGUCAGUUUGUGGAGAUGGUGAACGGUACAGACAGUGAGGUCUGCUGCUUGACCAUUCGCUCGCCAAAGUCCCAGGACAGUUACCCUGGCUCACCCAGCCUCAGCCCUCGCCACGGAACCAGCAUCACACACCUGCACACCGGAGGAGCAGACAGCCCGACCUGCAGUAACGGGGUGACUCCCUCCAACAAAUCAAAGAGCCACAGUGGCCCUGGCAGCAGCAGCGUCAAAUACCCUAGCAUCUCCUCCUCUGCAUCUUCCUCAACCUCUUCCUCUCCUUCCUCUGUCAACUACUCCGAGUCCAACUCAUCUGACUCCACAAAGAGCCAGCCUCACAGUGCCAACAGCACCCAGGAAACAAGUGACAGUGAGAUGGAGAUUGAAGCAGAGCACUUUACCAAUGGGGUUGUUGAGAGCUCCUCAGCACGGAUCAUGAACGGCACAUACAAACAUGAAGAGAUUCUUCAGCCGGAUGACAACAGCAUUGGCAAUGGGGUCACAGAGGAGGGCUGGAGUAAUGGUAGACAGCUUUGUGGAGGGAACCAGGCAGCCACAGAGAGGAUGAUCCAGUUUGGGCGAGAGCUGCAGGCGCUCAACGAACAGCUUUGCCGCGAGUAUGGAAAAAACGCCACACACAAGAAGAUGUUACAGGAUGCAUUCAGCCUGCUAGCGUACUCAGACCCAUGGAACUGCCCAGUGGGCCAGCAGUUAGAUCCUACACAGAGAGAAUCACUCUGCUCCGCACUCAACAGCGCCAUACUGGAGUCUCAAAAUCUGCCGAAGCAGCCUCCGCUGAUGUUGGCGCUUGGCCAGGCCACAGAGUGUGUUCAACUCAUGGCUCGAGUCCGGUCUGGUUCUUGCUCCUUCGCCAGAGUGGACAACUUUUUGCACUAGCCCAGGUUAAUGUUAAGUAGCACUGAGAUAAGGCUUGUCCAGCAGGUAGGUGUCAUGGUGACAGAGGAAACAGCGGGAGUGUGAUUGGUGUGUUUGGCUGUCUGUCAAACCGAGCCAGCGGCACAAAGCGAAGCGGAGGAGACGAGGAAAGAAGAAAGCUUCCUUUUAAUUUAGUAUUAUCAAAUAAAGAAAUGUGUGACACUAUUUAAAGAUAAUUAUUAUUCUGUUUAUCUAGCCAUUUUUAUAGUUCUAUUUUUGUCAGUUUGUUGUGGUCAUCCUGGACAAGACAACAUGUAACUCCCCUUUUUAUUUUUGCUUCUGUUUUUCAUGGGUGGAUUUUGAUUCCCUACCUUCAGUAUUUUACUCACAUUGUUGUUGUUUACCAUAUCACAGACCACAAUACCUACAUUUGUUCAGUCCAAAAACUGAAGGUUAAACUUACUUGUCUGACAGCUCAAUCUGAGUCUACAUUCACGAGGAUGAGCAAACAUGAAAAACACUUGUCAUUGUGUGGAGCAUUUCACUUUUCUGGUCAUUGCUUUUGCCUUCUCGUAAACACGCUGCUACAGUAGUUAGCUGCUGUUAGUUGGACAUCAGUGGGUCCCCAAAUUGUUCCAGAAGGUUAGAGGGAAAGGACGUAGUCAACAGGCUACAAGCUCAAAAAACGAGACACACAUUCUGAAAAAAAAACAUAACUUUUAUAAAACACAUAAUUGACAGGCCUCUGCGGGGGUGAAUACGGCCAGCAACCAGGAUUGGAAUUUGACUGCAGGUGUUAUAGUCUUGAUUUUACUGUCAGGAUUAGACCAUCACACAAUCAGUGGUGUUGUUGAAGGUGGCAGAGCUCAGCCACAGCUGCAGCUACUAUACCUGCUUACACAACUCCACGCCAUGCCAAUCAUUAUCAUAGGCAGACUAACAAGCACAGAAAGAGCGCAGCAAGAAGUCAAGUCACUCCUGGGCGUUUCAUUAGAGCAGGAUUCAUUUGUUACAUUGGCAGUCUGCUGUGUGCCCAAAGUCAGAUAUGAACUCAUUUGCCACAAAGGAAGGUUUUUUAUUUUCAAGAUGCAGAUGGUGAUAAUUGAAUCCCACUCUUACUUUCAUUUUGGACGGGUGAUACCUGACCACUCAGUGUUUGUGGAAACCAAUUGUACGUGUAUCUUUUUGUUUUUAUUCAUGACAACUUGUAUCCGUUUCUCUUACAUCCAUAAGGUGACCAUUUCCUUCCCUGUUAUUAAACAGGUAGAUAUAGUCAAGUCAGGCUCAUUCAUAUGGCCAACCACAAAAACAGAAGAGUGUCUCAAAGUGGUGCUCAGUGUGUACAAUAACUGGAUUCAAAAUGAGAUUUACAAAGUAUCCACAUUGACCUGGAUCAGCAGGUGUGAUUUUGGAGUCAGAUCAGCUGUUACAGAAAAACAAAUGGCAAGUUCAGA